UCAAUAAUCGACUCUUAUUUGAACAUCACACAUAAAAAUCAGCAUUUCCAAACAAAUAUGAUCCAGUUCAAGCAUUUUGGAUUCUGAAAUAUAAUUUAAUAUAAAUAAAAAGUAUGAUACUCUCGUGUGUAUCUUACUUUUUUUUGCAAAAAUAAAGGCACACUAUCCAUCUCAAUUGAAGCAGAUACAAAUCCCUUCAUAGGUACGGUCACCUUACUUCGCCGCAUUUUUCUCCAUUUAAUUAUCUGUACUGGGUGAUGUUUACCGUCCUCUUUGCAUAGCCUGGUCACGUGACAAAACCUCGGCCAAUGACGGCGCAAUCUCGGCGCUCUUGUGCGCGUCAGAGUGGCAUUACUCUCUGGGAACCAGUAUCUCCUUUUUUCAGUCUCUGGGCUUUUUAAAAAAGAGCCAGAAGCUUCAAUGUUGGAUGCCGUGCUAUGACAACGUCACUGCUCCUCCGUCCUCGCUGGGUCGACCCGUCGGUAAUGUUCCUCUAUGACAACGGCGGAGGUUCCGAUGAAGUGAGCAAGAACAUGGAAGGUUUUGCUGGUGGCAACUUUGCUGCGAACCAGUGUAGGAAUCUGAUGGCGCACCCCGCGUCCCUGGCACCCAGCACGGCUUAUUCGUCCAGCGAUGUGCCCACCUCCGGUAUGGGCGAACCAGUGAAACAGUGCAGUCCUUGCUCUGCAGCCCAGAAUUCAUCCAGCGCGUCCCUGCCAUAUGGGUACUUCGGUAGCGGCUAUUACCCAUGCAGAAUGUCGCAUCACAGCAGCAUAAAGUCUUGCGGAGCGCAGCCCCCCUCCGCGUAUGGAGAGAAAUACAUGGACACGUCCGCUUCAGGCGACGACUUCACCUCUCGGGCAAAGGAAUUCGCUUUUUAUCCGACCUACCCUUCAGGCCCAUACCAACCUGUCCCCAGUUACCUGGACGUUCCAGUGGUACCAACUAUCAGUGCGCCGUCAGAGGCCAGACACGAGUCCCUGCUGCCUAUGGAGAGCUACCAACCAUGGACUCUCGCCGCCAACGGCUGGAACGGCCAGGUUUACUGCGCCAAGGAGCAGCCACAGCCUGGACACAUGUGGAAGACGUCCAUACCAGACGCCGUGUCCCACGCCGGAGGAGACUCUGGCUCUUAUCGACGCGGAAGAAAGAAGCGCGUGCCAUACACCAAGGUGCAACUGAAGGAACUCGAGCGCGAGUACGCCGCCAAUAAAUUUAUCACGAAGGACAAAAGGAGGAGGAUAUCAGCCCAGACCAACCUGUCCGAGAGACAGGUCACGAUAUGGUUUCAAAACAGACGCGUAAAGGAGAAGAAAGUUGUCAACAAAUUGAAAACCAUCAGCUAGUUUUUUUUUCCCUUCUUCUUUUAUUACGGACAAUAUCUGUGGGAGAUAAACUAGCUACUAGGCCCACACACACACCACACACACACACACGCCACACACCACACACACACGCCACACACACACACAUACACGUUUGGACUCAUGGAUUGGAACAACAAACUCCUUCCCGACUGAACACUGAUUUAUUUGUAUCUUUGCAAAUGAUUUCCCCGGAGUUCCUGGAACAAAAUUCUGAGGCCUAUUUGAAUACUGGACCCUCCGUUUCCGCCACUUGUUGUCAAAUAUUGUUAAAGGAGUGAAGGGAAAAAAGUGGGGGGGAAAAAGAGAAAAUAUAUAGCAGCAGUAUGUUUUUUUUUUCUUUUGGCAUGCUCACUCUCAACACAGAAAAACUGACCCCAGCUCAGAAAAAGGUGUACGCCACCGAGUUACGCCUUUAUCUGCUUUACAUUUAACGAGAGUGAUAAAUGCAAAGAAUCACAGGAAGUGACGGUGUUACGGAUUUGGACCUUGGGAGUGUUAAAUAUGAAUCUCGCCUUCUUUUUUUUUUUUCUUUUUGUUUUUCUUAAAUCUACUCACAUGCUUAUCUUGUAUGAAGUUUAGUCUUGUCCUAUGAAUCCGUGUUCUCAUUCAUAUCCAAUCCAUGGUGCAAUUAUUAUUAUUAUAAUGCUUAGAUAAUCGUUCGGGAUAUGUGUUUAUAUCAAUCAUAGCUUUUAUAAUGUGUGCGUAUUCAUGUGGUUGUAUAUAAAGUAAAGUCCGGCAUGAUAUCCAGGUUAUUUGUGUGUGAGUCCAGUAUGUCUGAGUUUAUCAUUUUUGUUCUUUUAUUAUCGCUACACUCUUUAACGCCUAUGCUGCCGCUGCAUGCGACAAAUGAUCUUUCAGUAGUCUUAGGUGUCUUAUGGUGGCUUCACUAUGUUGUUAGCAGCUUUCUUUAUCCAGAAAUACAACAAAGAAAUCCUCUUUAGAAAAAAUCCAAUUGUUGAAAUGUGUAGUAGAGUUGUGGGAAAGUGGAAAUAAGACAGAUGAGGCUGGUGUGCUGAAAGCGGGUACAGAAAUAUAGACUGACAUUGCCAUCUAGCGACGACUUUGUGAAACAUCCCACACAGAAC